GCGACUACUUCCGUUUCUAUUUAUCUUUUAUUUGUUAAAUUGUUUCACUUUCGUAGUUUCAUCUUUCACGUCAGACCGUUAAAUAUCCACUACGUGAUGUCUAUUGGUGUUCCUAUUAAAGUGUUGCACGAAGCCGAGGGGCACAUCGUCACUUGCGAAACGAUUGAUGGCGAAGUUUAUCGUGGUAAGCUUAUUGAGGCUGAAGACAACAUGAACUGUCAGGUAUCGCAUGUGACAGUUACUUAUAGAGAUGGACGUGUUGCCCAGAUGGAAAAUGUGUAUGUGAGAGGUUCAAAAGUGCGAUUCAUUAUACUCCCAGACAUGCUUCGGAAUGCUCCUAUGUUUAAAAGUAAAAUGACUAUGGGCGGAGCAGCAGGACGCGGGAAGAGUGGAAUGAUACGGUCAUCAGUUGGACGAGGUAGAGGACGUGGCGGUCCUCCAAUGGGUCGGGGAGGGCCACCCAUGGGACGCGGCGGUCCUCCAGCAGCUGGAUCAUGGAAUCAAAGACGUUAAUCUUAUAAAUGAUAUAAAUUGUAAACAUAAUACCUACUUCUCUUUUAAGGUUUAUAAAAGGUCCUAAAAGAUCACUUCAAUUUAAAUAUAUUAUAUAACAUGAAUGUGUUCAAAUAAUUUUGAAAUAAAUACAUUUCACACAAAA